AAAGCCUGUCCUGAGUGAGCUCUGCACUGGAGCAGGUCUGAGCCGAAGAUGAAGAGGACUGUGCUGUGGCUCCUGGCCUCUCUGGGCCUGGCCUGUUUCACUGCUGUCACUGAUGCUGCUCAACUAAAGGUGCUGUCUGCCCCCAACCUGCUCCGUGUGGGAACAACAGAAGCCAUAUUUGUGGAGUGUCAAGACUGCACUGGACAGGCACCCAUGAAUGUUGAAAUCUCUGCCUGGAACCAUCCAACAAAAAACACAAAACUCAAGCACACAACUGUAACACUUAAUGCGGCCAACAACUACCAAGCCCUUGGAGAACUUGUGAUCCCUCCGAACAGUUUUAGCAAGGAUCCUACAGCCAAACAAUAUGUGUACCUGCAAGCAGCAUUCCCAGGAUACACUGUGGAGAAGGUGGUCUUAGUCUCCUUUCAAUCGGGAUACUUGUUCAUUCAAACAGACAAGACCCUGUACACCCCUGAUAGUAUUGUGAAUUUCAGGAUUUUUGCUCUGACACCGGGCAUGAAGCCAAUCGGAAGAGAUGAAGCAGGAAAUCCUGCCUCUAUUGGAGUGGAGAUUGUGACGCCUGAAGGAAUCGUCAUCCCAUUGGAUCCUGUCUCACUAAAAUCUGGGAUGCACUCUGGAACAUACCAACUCGGUGAAAUAGUCAGUAUUGGCCAAUGGAAAAUUGUGUCCCGCUUUCAAAACAACCCCCAGGAAUCAUACUCUGCAGAGUUUGAAGUAAAAAAAUAUGUGCUGCCCAGUUUUGAAGUGAAGCUGACAUCUGAGACUUCUUUCUUCUAUUAUGACACUCCGACUUUCAGAGUCAACGUUAAAGCCAAGUAUUUGUUUGGACAAGAAGUUGAUGGUAUGGCCUAUGUUGUGUUUGGAGUCAUGAAAGAUGGAAAUAGAAAAGUCUUCCCUUCCUCACUACAAAGAAUACCAAUUAAUGGGGGCAAUGGAGAGGCCAUCUUGGAGAAGCAGAGUAUCCUCAAAACUUUCCCAAACAUUGAGGAUUUGGUUGGAGGAUCUUUAUUUGUGACAGCCACGGUGUACACAGAAAGCGGAAGUGAAAUGGUUGAAGGAGAGUUAAGAAAUAUGCAAAUUGUCAGAUCACCUUACUUCGUGAACUUUGAUAAAACACCCAAAUAUUUCAAAGCCGGAAUGUCUUUUGAUGUCACGGUUACAGUCACUAACCCUGAUGGGAGUCCAGCAGAGGGCGUCCCAGUCGUGGUGGAGCCUGGUAUUAACGUCCAGGGCACCACUCGCUCCAAUGGCAGGGUCACCCUCACAGUCAACACAAGGGCAACUGAUAGAAGUCUGGAAAUCACUGCAAGGACCGAUGAUAAGCUCUUGCCCGCUGAAAGACAGACAAGAGCCGUAAUGGUGGCUAAACCUCAUGAAACAAGAAGCAACAAUUACAUUCACAUAAAUGUGAUGUCAGCAGAUGUGGAGUUAGGAAGUGAUCUUAAGUUCCAUUUAAACCUGAACAGUGCAGCUGCAAAAUUUGAUAUUACAUAUCUGAUCCUGAGCAGGGGUCAAUUGGUUCAUUUUGGGAGACAAGUAUCAGAUCGUCAAGUGACUGUUGCUGUAGUUAUCCCAGUUACCAAAAAAAUGCUACCAUCAUUUCGACUCAUUGUGUACUACCACCCUAGUCCCAAUGAGGUGGUGUCCGACUCUGUUUGGGUGGAUGUUGAUGACUCUUGUAUGGGCACGUUGAAGCUAGAGCCAAAGCAUCCUGUCCUGUCGUAUGAGCCACGGAGGACUUUUCAUCUGAAGGUCACUGGAGACCCAGGCGCCACCGUAGGACUGGUGGCUGUGGACAAAGGCGUUUACGUCCUGAACAAUAAACACCUCCUCACCCAGAAAAAGGUGUGGGAGAUCGUUGAGAAGGCGGACACUGGCUGCACUCCAGGUGGAGGAAGAAACAGCAUGGGAGUGUUUUUUGAUGCAGGGCUCAUGUUUCAUACAGACACAGCAUCUGGGACUCCGUACAGACAAGAGAUGAAAUGCUCUGUUCCUGCGAGAAAAAAGCGAGCCUCCACCUUGUUCGAUGUCUUAACCACUCUGGCGAGUACAUAUAAGGACCCCCUGGAGCGUGAGUGCUGCUUGGAUGGCAUGAAGCCCACCCAACUUUCAUACACCUGUGCCACACGUAAACUCUACAUCACUGAUGGUAAAGCGUGUGAGGACGCCUUUCUGCACUGCUGUGAGGAACUGGCCAAGCAGCGCAGUGAACUCAAGCAGGACAACCUGGUUCUGGCCCGCAGCGAGGAGGACAACAGUUACAUGGACAGCAGUGAAAUUACUUCUCGGACUAAAUUUCCAGAAAGCUGGCAGUGGGUUACCUUCAAAAUUCCUGCAUGUGGUGUGAAUAAAAAUUGUGAAGCUGACAUGGCCAUUCCUCUAAAAGACUCCAUCACAACUUGGGUGUUUACUGGCAUUAGUUUAUCUGAAAAUAAUGGUAUCUGUGUUGGAAAGCCUUUGGAUGUUAUUGUGUUUAAAGAGUUUUUCUUAGACCUUAGACUUCCAUAUUCUGCUGUGGUCGGAGAACAGAUUGAAGUUAGGACGAUUAUACAUAACUACAUUCAUGAUCCUAUCACUGUGCGUAUCGAACUCAUAGAAAACCCAGAUAUAUGCAGUUCUGCAUCGAAGCGUGGCAAAUAUACUCAACAGGUAAAAUUGGGAGCCUCUACCACUCGAGCAGUGUCAUUUGUUAUUAUUCCCAUGAAAGAAGGUGAAUUAAACAUAGAAGUUAAAGCCGCGGUGAAAGACUCAUGGCACGGUGAUGGAGUUGUGAAGCCACUACGGGUUGUGCCAAAUGGUGUUUUGACUAAAGUAAAUAAGAUUGUUGAAAUAGAUCCAAAAGGAGGCACACAAGAAGAGACGAUCAACAAUGCAAUUGCAAAAACUGAAAUGGUUCCAAAUACUCCAUCGAGCACCAAAGUUUUUGUAUCAGGCAGGGAGCAGGUGAGCCCUCUGGUGGAGAAUGUUAUUGGUGCAUCUGCCAUGGGUAACCUGAUCUAUCAGCCCACUGGGUGUGGAGAGCAGAACAUGUACCACAUGACUAAGCCUGUCAUUGCCACAACAUAUUUGGACAGAACCAAUCAAUGGGAAGGAGUGGGCCUGGAGAAGCGCAGUGAGGCCCUGACCCAUAUUAAAACUGGUUACCGAAAUGAAAUGAAAUAUGCUAAACCUGAUGGAUCCUUUGCUGUGUGGGCACACGAAAAAAGCAGUACUUGGUUGACUGCCUAUGUAGUCAAAGUAUUUUCCAUGGCCAAUAAUCUGAUUGCAAUAGAGAACGAUGCAAUCUGUAAGGCAGUGAAGUGGCUAAUCCUGCAAACACAGCAGCCUGACGGCAUGUUCAAAGAGCUUAAAGUGGUCUACCACAGGGAGUAUACAGGCGAUGUUCUGGGGAGAGAUUCUGAUGCCUCCAUGACGGCCUUCUGUCUCAUUGCGAUGCAGGAGUCCAGACGAAUAUGUGAGGCCACAGUGAAUAGUUUACCUAAUGCUGUAGAGAAGUCUGUGGCGUACUUGGAGAAGCGCCUUCCCUCUCUCACCAAUCCUUAUGCAGUUACCAUUACAUCAUAUGCUCUGGCCAAUGAAAACAAGCUUAAUAAAGAGAUCCUGUACAGAUUUGUUUCUCCAGAGUUGAACCAUUGGAUCUCACCUCAGGGACACGUGUUCUCACUGGAGGCAACAGCUUAUGCUCUUCUGGCUCUUAUCAGGGGCGGAUUUCUAGAAGACGCUCGGCCCGUUGUGAGAUGGUUAACAAAGCAGCAGAAGAAUGGUGGCGGCUAUGGAUCAACACAGGCCACAAUAAUGGUGUACCAGGCAGUGUCUGAGUACUGGACAGUGGCUAAAGAACCAGACUAUAACCUGGACGUGGAGCUGAAGGUCCCGGGGCGUGCGGCUCCUUAUAGUUUCAGAUUCAACAGAGACAACCAUCACACCACAAGGACAUCUAAGAAUUUUGAAGUCAAUGAAAAUGUGAGACUGACAGCCAGAGGCACAGGAGAAGCAACUCUAACCCUGCUCACACAGUAUUAUGCUGUGCCUAAAGAAACUGUGAGUGACUGUACAAAGUUCAAUCUCUCACUGGACUUCAGUCUCGAAAAAGUUGAUGAGAAUGAAGGAGAUAUUUACAAGCUGAGAACUGCAUUUUUCUUCAAGGACAUGAAAGAAGAUGCGUCUAUGUCAAUCUUGGAUAUAAGCUUACCCACUGGCUUCAUGCCUAUAAAUGAAGACUUAAAUGCCUUGUCUGAAGGCCGUGCGCGCGUCAUCUCCCAAUGGGAAUUCAACAAGGCUCUAUCAGAGAAAGGCUCCCUCAUUCUCUACAUGGACAGGGUUUCUCACAAACGAGUCGAGGAGCUGGCCAUUAGAUUGAGACAGACUCACAAAGUGGGCGUGUUACAGCCUGCCUCUGUGUCUAUAUAUGAAUACUAUGAUGAAACAAAAUGUGUAAAGUAUUAUCAUCCACAAAGGAAAGAUGGUCACAUCUUGAGACGAUGCAAAGGCGAUGAAUGCCUAUGUGCUGAAGAAAACUGUAGCUGGCAAAAGAAGGGGAAAUUCAGCAACCAGGAACGCAUAGCCAAGGCUUGUGAAUCCACACUGACCAGCAAGAUUGAUUUUGUGUACAAGGUCAUUCUGGAAGAAGCAGUGUAUGAUUCGUCUUUUGACACCUACAUCAUGCGAAUUGAGAGACUCAUCAAGGACGGUUAG